AUGGCAGUUGCAGUAGCGGGUCCCGUGCUCACAUUCAAUCCCAAGCAGAAUGAGUGGACAGUUUUCUUCAAAAGGUUAGAGCAGUAUUUUAUAGCACACGGGGUCACUGAAGAAGCUGACAAGAGAGCUCAUUUGCUGUAUAGUUUGUCUGAGGAGGCGUAUAUUUUAUUAGAAAAUUUAUGUAUGCCGUAA